GUGUUGUUAUGUUCGCACCGAACCCGAAGUAUAAGUGGGGUUUGUCGUUCAUCUCCGCGUUUCAGCUUCCUCUUUUCUUUUUCUUCUAUUCCUGAGUGGGUUUUAGCGGAGCAUGCCGUUAAGCGCGAAAGAAGUAAGAUGGUUCGCAUUGGAUGGGCUGGUAAACCGAUACUGGAAUAAAGUUUUUGUAGAAUGCUGGGUCGGAUGGGGGACGAUCAACGGGUGCCUGGCGACUGUCGAUCAACCAAAGUUGGUGCAGUCAUGAUGGCGAUUUGGUGCGUAUAUAUUCUGGGUUGGUGCUGCGGAGUGUGUACUCACCAAGCCACUCCUUCUCAUAUCACUGUCUUUCUUUGCUGUAGCCAGGACGCUCCUUUCGAAUUGUACAUUAAACAGAAACACACGCACACACGCAACCACUCGCUACGCAAUAUGGAGCGCACAUCUACUCACGGCUCGACAUCGUCGAAAGGUUCACAAAUUUCCAUCAGAGAGCGUAUCGGAAAGCCGAGUAAAUAUCUGUGGCAGGUCCUGAAGCAAUGCAAGAUACUCUGAUGGAUCGGUUGAGCUUAACAGGGCUAGUGAGCGAUUUCGGAGCAGGAAUGAGGAAUUAAAUAGAGAAAAGAGAGAG